AAGCGGAAGUCUCGUGGUCGCAUGUAAGUGACGCAACGCGGAACACAGUCAGUGACGUUUGUUGAUUUUUCGACUUAGCACAGACCGGUGUUAUUUUUAACUGGAGUGUUUAUUUAUGAUUUCAACCAUGUUUGUGAGGAAAUGAAAGUGCCGUUUAUGCCACUGCGCCUUAAAGACCUCGACAAGAGCGGUGCUUCAUCGUCAGCAGUUCAGUGUGGGAUCAGCUGUGUUCGUGGCGAUGGCGAUCCUGUUUGCGGUGGUGGCUCGAGGAUCCACUGUUCUGGCUAAACACGCUUGCUUCUCUGGAAACUUCCUGGAGGUGACGGAGCAGAUCCUGGCCAAGAUCCCGUCUGAGAACAACAGGCUGACGUAUUCCCACGGCAGCUAUCUCUUCCACUACAUCUGCCACGAGAGGAUUGUGUAUCUGUGCAUCACUGAUGACGAGUUCGAGCGCUCGCGUGCCUUCGGGUUCCUGAACGAGGUGAAGAAGCGCUUCCAGACCACCUACGGCUCUCGAGCGCAGACCGCGCUGCCCUACGCCAUGAACAGCGAGUUCUCCAGCACGCUGGCGGCUCAGAUGAAACAUCACUCGGAUCCCAAAGGCUCGGACAGAGUGACAGAAGCACAGAUGCACGUGGACGACCUGAAGGGCAUUAUGGUCCGGAACAUCGAUCUCGUCGCUCAGAGAGGAGAGAGACUGGAGCUGCUCAUCGAUAAAACCGAGAACCUGGUGGAUUCUUCUGUCACCUUUAAAACAACGAGCCGUAAUCUGGCCCACGCCAUGUGUAUGAAGAACCUGAAGUUAACCGUCAUUGUUGUGAUAGUGGUGCUGGUGGUGCUGUAUAUUAUCGUGACGGCCGCGUGUGGAGGACUCAGCUGGCCGAGCUGUCGGAAGCAGUAGAAAUGACUAGAGACUCACA